ACCGUGAUCAAUCCUAAGUCGACAACGAUAUUAGGAUGGAUAUGGAAUUCAGGUACACUAAGUGCAAGUCCACAUCGCAUUGCGACCCUUGCUUCGUGCCAAAAGCCAGAGACUGUGUAUCGACUAAGAUCAUUUAUAGGAGCUUUUAAAGUGCUAUCUCGCGUCAUUCCAGGGUGUUCAUCGUUGCUCUCUAAACUUGACGACGCCGUAGCCGGUCGCCAGUCCAAAGAACAAAUUCAGUGGACUGACGAGCUCCAUGCAGUAUUCUGCAGGGCACAGGCUGCUUUGUCUGCAGCUCGCACUAUAACCUUGCCAAAACCAGAAGAUCAAAUUUGGAUUGUGACUGAUGGAGCUAUUCGCAGUCCUGGAAUAGGCGCCACACUUUACGUCACCAGGAACGGCAAGCUUCGUGUCGCAGGUUUUUUUAGUGCGAAAUUACGGGGCUCACAAGUCAGAUGGCUACCAUGCGAGGUAGAAGCCUUGUCCAUUGCUGUUGCUGUCAAGCACUUCAGCCCCUACCUGAUACAAUCGCACCAUCAGGCCUGUAUCUUAACGGACAGCAAGCCCUGUGUACAGGCCUAUGAAAAGCUUUGUCGUGGUGAGUUCUCCGCAAGCCCGAGGGUUUCAACGUUUCUCUCUACCGUAAGCCGAUACCAGGCGUCUGUUAGACAUGUAUCUGGCUCUGCUAUUCUCCCCUCUGACUUUGCAAGUCGCAACGCCGCACCGUGUGAAGAUGAGGCCUGUCAAAUUUGUUCAUUUACGAAACAGACCCAAGAUUCUGUUAUCAGACGAGCGGCGGUACAGGACAUAUUAUCCGGUGUCGAGCAACUUCCGUUUACUAACCGAGCCACUUGGGGGCCCAUACAAGCUGAAUGUCCCGAAUUACGACGCACUCGCGCCCACUUACUACAAGGAACACGUCCAUCGAAGAAACUCACAAACGUUACGGAUGUAAAAAGAUACUUCCUUGUUGCUACCAUUGCCAAAGACGGCUUGCUGGUUGUUAAACGAAAUGAACCACUUGUGCCAAGCCGUGAAUGUAUUAUUAUCCCUCGGCAAGUACUAGAAGGUCUGCUGACGGCUCCACAUAUUCGUCUCAGCCAUCCGUCCAGCCAUCAGCUUAAAGUCGUUGUAAAACGUUAUUUGUUUGCCUUGGACAUGGACAAAGUUGUUAAUCGUGUAAGCGAAAGUUGUCACCAUUGCGCCGCAUUACGAAAGACCCCAACAGCACGUAUAGAACAGUCGUCCUGCUCUCCACCAAGUACUGUUGGUGUAGCAUUUGCUGCCGAUAUCGCGAAACGCUCCAAACAACUGAUCUUCGUAUUGCGAGAGUGUGUAACCUCACUCACAGCUACAACUCUUCUCGAAAACGAACACCAUGACACGUUACGCGAUGCCCUAAUUAGAAAUAGGUCAUGCGAAGAACCCCAACAAGAAUCCUGUUGCAGAAAGAGCGGUACAAGAAGUGGUCAGUGAGCUUCUCCAUCGUGAUCCAUUAGGUGGUCCAGUUUCGCAUGUUACGCUUGCGGUAGCCACAGCCAACCUCAACUCGCGUAUUCGAACGCGCGGUUUAUCAGCUAGGGAAAUGUGGUCCCAGCGCGAUCAGUUUUCAAACGAACAGAUACCUCUUCAAGAUCAGGACAUUAUCAUGAAGCAGAAUGAACAACGCACAAGCAACCAUGCCCAUAGUGAGAAAUCGAAGGCCCCAGUUGCAGAAUUUCGUACCCCCGAACGUAUCACCGUCGGUGAUUUAGUGUACCUAUACUCAGACCGCAACAAGACAAGAGCACGAGACCGCUACCUCGUAGUUGAAGUAAAGGGACCAUUUUGCAAUGUCAAGAAGUUUGUGGGCUCACAGUUGCGAAAUACGUCUUAUCAUGUAAAGAUAUCCGAGUGCUACCGAGUGCCGUCGGAGCUUAAACGCUCCCGUCAGUCUACUCCUAAUGACGAAGACUCAUCGGCUGACGAAGCUGAAUCAUCACAACCACCUAUGCUGUCUCAAGUGACCCCACCUCCACCAGCGCCACCAAGUAUUCCAACAGCGAUUUCUACGCCGCCUAGCCAAACGUCACACUGUAACGAACCUAGUGUUAAUGCCAAUGCCUACUGCAAACCGAGUAAUUUAGAAGGUGAACCCCAUACAGAAGACGAGUCAAGAGGGAAUGAAUAUGUUAAUGGCCCGGGUGAGAGUGUGCCUCUACGUAGGUCCAGCAGACAACGACGUCCCCCAGAACGUUUCGGUGACUAUGUGAUGGACAAAUAGCUAAGAAUAUCUGAUCAUAAAUUUUAAUUGGUUAUACAAUUUUAGAUAUUUAACUUUUGUCAUUAAAUAAGAAAAAAGAGAAGUUACGCCAGUAUUACAUGACGUAUUGCCUUUGAUAUGCGCCCGCGAGUGACGGUGACGUUUAUACAGUCUAGCGCAUGUUUUGUUUACUUGUAUUAAUUUGGCUCCUUGAAUGAAAAGGUUGCCUCUUGUUUAAAUAUAUUUCUAUCUAUGGAUUGUGUGUAUGACUUAUCGUCUUAUUAACUGGCGGAGGAUAAUCAUUGGGAACUUUUUGUGGUAAUUGAGCAUCUAUGGUACUAUGCAUUGAACCACAGAAAAUCUAUUCCCCUGGGGGUUGCCACGAAAUUGCUUUUCUAAGGCCUUUUCCGCACAACGGCCCACAGCCAAUAAAGUUUAUAGGUGCGUCACCCCCCAAAAAAAUGCAACCAGUCGGCAAAAGUCUGCAAAUUUAUGUCUGUAUGAAUCGGCAAAUCGGCAUACAUGUGAACUGGGAAAAUGGAAAAAAGAUUAAAAACUAUGAAAACAUUUAAAGCAUGACUGACAUACAUGUAUCUGUACUAAAAUGAAAUAAUCUCGCCUGUCUAGCUCAUUUUCUCGGCAAACAUGCAAUCAACAGCGAAAAUAGCAAGCUAUUGUAAUCUUAUCUCUUAUCUGAGUGAAAUUUGAAACCCGUGUUUUCAAGCAACUACAAAGCAUGCUGUCUGUUUCGACUGCUUUCAUCAUUAAACAUGAGCAGCUCAAAACUGAAAAGAAAGAGAAUAAAACUCGAGCAUCUGGAUUGUCAUUCGGUUUUUGAUGCUGAUUACCGCAAAAGACACGAACAGACUUGCCACCAAGGAAAGCGAAUGCGAGUAGCGCAUAAAGACGCACCAGCUAAUCCAUUCCAAGCAGCCGCUGCAAAUGUGAAUAAAUCAAAGUCGAUUCAAUCUGGCGAAAAGGUACAAAGCAGUAAAGAAAAUGCCGAGAACCAGGAAUACAUCAGGGAUGCAUUUUGUGGAAAAGAAGGUAAGUCGAUUAAUGGUUCAGCUUAUUCUUUAGUGCUUCGCAGGUAUCGCAGCUUUAAUAACAGUUGUUGCGUCGGCCACUUGCCACUUGGUGUGUGCCACGGAGGUGUGAAUCCAAGAUCGUCUUUCGGUACUCAAAACACACUUGUUAUAGCGUGCUAUAUUUAGGAACGUUUACUCAAGUUUUUUAAGUUUUAGCAGCAAUCUUACUUGCUAAAUUUAGAGAAUCUUUUAUUAUAUAGCAUUUUGUAUUAGUAUUUUGUUGUAAUCUCUGCCUGAGUAAAAAAGCCAUUAUAUAAUGACAAUAAUGUUGAGUCGUAAUGUUGCACUUGCCACAGCAUUCUGUUAAGCGAGUGUAAAAAUAUAUUCCCUAUUCUUGCUUUCCAAAACGAAAUUGAUGGAUACUUCACGUUUCUAGCGGGUACGCAGGGUGCGAAGGGAUGGAUCGAUAACGCGGGUAGUUCUGGGUGCGGACUAACGAUGUUUGAUGUGUCCACUACUCGAUGAGUGAGCAGAAAGUUUGGUCACCUUCGACUAGUGAGCAGGAAGUUCAGAUACUUUAGGCAAACACAAAUUGGCUAUGAGUUCAUUAUUUAAUAAAACUUUUUCAUAGGUCAUGCCCAAUUCCAUCCACAAAAAAGUGACAUAACUGAUGCACAGACGUCCCAUACAAGCCAAGAGCCAAAGUCACCAAUCUCGGUUAGCUCUACAGGAACACUAGAUUUAGACCCCAAUGAGAAAAUUAACAAUUUUUCCCAAUCUGAAGUGUACCAUCAAAAGCCCUCAAAAGAGAAGGCAGACCCAAGCUGGAUAAGUACGGGAGUAAGAAAAUGGCACAAGAUGAAGAGUGUUGGAAAGAACAAGCAAGGAAAACUGGCUCAACACUUCUCGUUGCAAAGUCACAAGGCUUCUCUAGCAGCAUACUGUCACUAUUUAAAGAAGACGAAACAUGUGGACAUCCAACUGGAUAAAGCUAAAAGGGCCGCACAAAUCCAGGAAGCCGAAGACCUUGAAUGCAACCAUAAAGUAAUCCACAUCCUUUUGAACAUCACAAGAACACUUGCCUGGCAAGCUCUUCCAUUCAGGGGUGACAGUAAUGAAGAAGGCAACUUUUACCAGUUGGUCCUAUUGGUUAGUAGACAUGUCCCAAGUCUUCAUCGGUGGAUAACUGACAAAAGGAUGAAUCCCUACCACGCCACCUAUUUGAGUCCGCAGUCGCGGAACGAGUAGUUCAUCGCUUUGCUCGAAGCAGAACUGAGAGAAAAAUUUGUGGAAGAAGUAAAGAGUGCAGGGAUGUUUUCUGUGAUGACAGACACAACUCCUGACGAAGAGCACACGGACAGACGUUCUGUUGUUCUUAGGUACGUCAAAGACGCUGGAAAGCCAACCGAAAGGCUGCUUGAUGUAAGAGAGACUGUUGAUCAGACAGGUCUUGGUCAAGCGAAAGAUAUCCUAUCUACGAUAGAGCAGUGUGGGGUGGAUACCAACAACCUAUGCUUUCAAUCAUACGAGUGA